AUGGAUAAAACUGAAUAUAUGGUAAUAGGAUCUAAGCAAAAAAUAUUAAAUACCCAGCAAGAGACUACAAUUAAACUGCAAGAUAAAGAGUUGAAACAAGUAAAUUGUACAAAAACCCUAGGUAUAAUUGUAGAUGAAAACCUUUCAUGGAAGGAGCAAAUUUCAAAUAUUAUUACUAAAGUUUCCCAAGGCGUUGGCUUAUUGCGUAGAAUAAAAAAGUUUGUUCCUCAACAGACUGUGAUUAAU